UUAGUUCCUGCGCAGAUGCUGGGGCUAUAAGGCACCAGGACGACGGUUGGCCGUUUGCGGCUCGCAGUGAGGAGGACGUCAGUGCUCACCUUCUUUCCGCUGUCGCCAUGAUUCCGAUGUCGCUGGUGGUCUUAGUGGUGGGUGGCUGGACUGCCGUCUACCUGACCGAUUUGGUGCUGAAGUCAUCCGUCUAUUUUAAGCAUUCUUAUGAAGACUGGCUGGAAAACAAUGGAUUGAGCAUCUCCCCUUUUCACAUUAGAUGGCAAACUGCAGUUUUCAACCGUGCCUUUUAUACUUGGGGACGACGGAAAACGAGGAUGCUUUACCAAUGGUUCAAUUUUGGAAUGGUGUUUGGCGUAAUCGCCAUGUUUAGCUCUUUUUUUCUCCUUGGAAAAACAUUGAUACAGACUUUGGCACAGAUGAUGGCUGACUCCCCUUCUUAUUCUUCCUCCUCCUCCUCUUCCUCUUUUUCCUCCUCCUCUUCCUCUUCUUCAUCAUCUUCCUCUUCCUCCUCUCUUCACAGUGAACAGGUGCUACAAGUUGUGGUUCCUGGUAUAAAUUUACCUGUCAAUCAACUGACCUAUUUCUUCGCUGCAGUCCUCAUUAGUGGUGUUGUACAUGAAAUUGGACAUGGGAUAGCAGCUAUUAGGGAACAAGUUCGAUUUAAUGGCUUUGGGAUUUUUCUCUUCAUUAUAUAUCCUGGAGCAUUUGUUGAUCUGUUCACCACCCAUUUACAACUUAUAUCACCAGUCCAGCAGCUAAGGAUAUUUUGUGCAGAUCUGGAGUUGCCUGCAGAAUUCGUGGAGCUUCAGCAGGUAGAAGUGGAGGCUACUCCUGCGAACGCCCGGGAGGUGCAAAGCAUGUCGUUCCCAGAUACCGCCAACAGCUGGGUCCAUGGCGGUUACGACGACGCGCCUCUAAUUGCGCUGCAGCCGGUCGUCACCAAUAACACGAGCUGUGGUGACCAUGACCAGGAAUUCAUCAUGGUACAAACCCAAGAGGAGGUGGUGGACUAUUUGGACUUAAACCACCAGCUAGUCAGCAGUGAUUUCAAGCCCGAGGAAAUGUUCUCAUUCGACGCUGUGGAGGACUUUUUCCAGUCAACUCCCGCCUCUCUGCCAUCUUCGGCCACAUCAUCGUCCUCAGAUCGCGGCACAAAAGACAGCAACGGCGACGGCGACGGCGAGGUGAAGUUGGGAGACAAGGAUAGCGGCAGCGAGGCCGCAGGGGGCGGCAGCAGCUCCGAGUUGAGCAUCGAGAACUGGGAGCAGAGGCUGCUUCAGAGCCAACCCCUGGAGGACAUGUUCCCCGGCAUCUUGACCUCGAGUGAGGAAAGAGCCCUCGACGCGGAGCUUCUCGCCGAGAACGCGAACGAAAACUCGCCUCCGGAUUAUUCUGAAUACAUGACGGGGAAAAAAAUUCCCCCUGAAGGAAUUCCCGGCAUUGACCUCUCCGAUCCCAAACAGUUGGCCGAAUUCACCAGAGUGAAGCGCAAAAGAGGCAAGGAUGAUGUUCCCAGGACUGUCGCUUGCCGCCAAGAAGGCUGCAAAAAGAUGUUCAAGGACAGCUGCGCCAUGAGGAAGCAUCUGCACACCCAUGGCCCCAGAGUCCACAUCUGCUCCGAAUGCGGCAAAGCUUUUCUGGAGAACUCAAAACUGAAACGACACCAGUUGGUUCACACCGGAGAGAGGCCCUUCCAGUGCAAGUUUGAAGGCUGCGGGAAAUCCUUUUCCCUAGGUUUCAAUUUGCGCACUCAUAUGCGAAUUCACACUGGAGACCGACCUUUCGUGUGUCCUUUCACUGGCUGUAAUAGAAGGUUUGCACAGUCAACUAACCUGAAGUCCCAUAUCUUAGCCCAUGCUAAGAACAAGAACAGCCAGUAAAAAGGGAAGGCCCUUCUCAAACUCGAGAAGGAUAUUCCACUAGUGUGCCUGGGAAUAAUUAUGCCUCUUGUUUGUAUAUUGUUUUGUUUACUAGUUCUUGUUUGUGAUACAUAAUGAUUCAUAAGCGGUUUUUCAUAAGUUUGUACAUGUAAAUAGUUCUUGUCACCAUUCCUUCCCAUCUCCAUCUCGUUCCUCUUCCCAUUUGAAAAAGAUCUCUCUAUGCAAACUUAAUGCUUGCAUAUUGUUUCUAAGAAAAAAUUUUAAUGAAUCUUAUAUUUCUAACGGUUGUGUUGUGCUAGAACAGUUAAAAAGAGUUUUAAAAUAAGCCUUUGUGUAAGACAAUAGUGUUAAGAUGCCAUUUCUUGUUGUAUAAUAGUGUUUUAUGAAUUUAGGUAGAUAAUGGGACUUUUUACAUUCUUAUAAAUGUGAAGUUCACUUGUUUACCAUUUUUAAAGCACUUGUAUUUUCCCAUUUGAUCGCCAGCACUCCAAAAAAUAGCCUUUUACAAAUGUUCACAUUUAUAGUUUUAAACUUUUAGGAAUAUGCUUAGCAAUUAUAUAUGUGAUCUUUUGGAAGUGGAUUUGUUUUAAAAAGAACUGUUAUACGCAAACAUUUUCCUUCUGAAGAAAAGUUAUAUAGGCUUUAUAUAAUGUUUAAUUUUGGCUGUAUUGUUUAAUAUUAACACAUUUUACAUAAUUAUCUGUUAGUUGUAUUAAAGCAUGCAGUAUUGACCAUUAGAUUAUUUAAUCAUCAGUUUAAACCUAUUUUGGUCAUUUUCUAAAAAAUACUCCUAGAGGUUAUUGAGUGUAAUUUAUUUGCCUAUUAAGAGACUAGUUUCAGAAUGUAUUGCAUAUAUAUGACUGUUUCAUACAUUUUGUGUAGUGGAUAAAGCAAAACAAGAGGCUGUUUUAAAGAAGUAGCUCUGAAGCUGGGGAUAUAAUUUAGUGAUACUGCAGUUGUGUGCAUGUGCAGGUUUCUGGAUUUGAUCCUCAGCACAACUCCUAAAAGCUUACUUAUAUACAUACACUAGUGAUACAGGAAAGGAAGAGAGCAUUACUGGCAUCUGGUGAGUAAAGAAGAGUGCUAAACAUCCCAUAGUGCACAGGCCAGUCCUCUACAGUGCAGAAUUAUCUGGCCAAAAUGCUGGUAAUGUCAGUGUUAAGAAGGCCUCCUCUCGGGGGCUAGGGAUUUAGCUCAGGGGCAUAAGUGCCUGCCUUGCAAGCAGGCAGUCGUGAGUUCCAUCCCCGGUACCAAGAAAAAAGAAAAAAGUCCUCCUCCUCUAGGCAUGGUGAUGCAUGCCUGUAAUCCCAGCACUUGGGAGGCUAAGGCUAGAGGAUGGCUUGGAGUUCAAGGCCAGCCUGGACUAUAUAAGGAGUUCAAGGCCAGCCUGGACUGAGACUUUGUCUCAAAAAGAAAAAAAAGCCGGAUGUGGUGGCGCACACCUGUAAUCCCAGCACUUGGGAGGCUGAGGCAGGAGGAUCACCACAAGUUCAAGGCCAGCUUGGGCUACAUAGCUAGUUCAAGGCCAGCCUGAACUACUAUAUCGUGAAACCCUGUCUCCAAAGGAAAAAAAAAAGAAGAAGAAAAGUAAAAAAGGCCUCCUCUAGGGGAAGUAAAAACAUCGCAGAGGUAUAUUUAUAAAUACAUCGUAAUGGACAGUAAGUUAUUUAGAUGAAGCUAAUGUGGGAGCUCCACAAUCCACAUUACCACUUAACCUUCAUGGUCAGGUUCACAGUGUAGGCCAGUGAUCUGGUAUCAGCUGUCUGCCUGGUGAGAAAUAGGAUACUGCUUAGAGAGCCAAGGAGCCAACACUCCUGUUUUCCCUCGCCUUUGUUCUCUUUGUUCUUUGUUCUUGCCUUGUUCUGUGAUUAGCACCUGGGGGUGGGGGUGGGGGAUAGAAAUUAGGAAGUAGUCUUCUGAAUUAGUUUCAUAGAAUAUAUCUUAAUGCAUGUUAAGUUGAGUGAGUGAAAUUUUAGAAUUUGAAUUGUGUUAAACUGUGAAAACAAUUUUGCAUAUAAAUCUUUAUCUUAAAAUGAGAAAAUCUUGCUACAAAAGAGUCAUUUGACAUGAAAAUUUUAAAUGCCAUAUAGGUAAAAUAAGCCAAACAAAUUUAGGGAAGAAAGUUAUAAUAUUAGUUACAAAGGACCAAAUACCUCAAUGCAUAUAAAUGAAUAAUAUGUGCCAAUUAGUUUUUGGUUUUUUUUUUUAAAGGAUAGCCAUGCUGGUGAUGCAUGCCUAAUUCCAGCACUUAGGAGGCAGAAGCAGGAGGAUGGCCACAAAUUAGAGGCUGCAUAAUGAUUUCAAGGCCAGCUGGUACUACGUAGAAAAUUUAAAGGCUGCCAGGACUACGUGUGAGACUUUCUCUUGUGAGUUAGGUCAGGUUAGCUAUAUAGUGAGAAAGACUGUCUCAACAUGGAUUUGAGGCCAUCCUGGAAUACUUAAUGAACUUAAGGGCAGCCUGAACUACAUUGUUAAAAAAAAACAGGCUAGCCAAAAAAUUACCAGAUAUAAAAAGGCAAUUUGAUAGAAAUUAGUGACUUUUGGACGAGAAAUACAAAUAACCUUAUAAAAUGUGCAGACUAAGUAAAUAACUAGAAGUCAAGACAAUGGAAUUUCACUUUUCACCCCCACAAACUGUCAAAUUCAGUAUUUUUUCGGAGAAAGGAAAACAUGAAUUACAAGAACACAAUGUAAAUUUAUGGGAGAUCAACAUUAAUGCACUUGCUUUUUCGACCCAAUAAUUCGAUUUCUAGGUAAAAUUCACUUUCAGAUUCAUAGUUAAAUAGAUCUAUAACAGUAAAAGGAAAUCUGUUUAUUCCAAAGUAAACUAAUUGAUCAUUAAUAAGGAACCAAAUCAACUGAUAUAUUUAUGUGAUGGAUUACGGUGUAGCAAAUAUAUGAAAUGGAAUUGAUAUGACUGUACAUAUAUGGAAAAAUGUUUAAAAUAUGGCAUAAUAAAUUAAUUCCUUUGGUGUUUAAAAAAGAUAUAUUUGUGUAUAAUAGAAAAGAUUAUUUUCCCACUAAGUCCUGAACCAUUUUACUUUGGAUAUUUCUGUUAUUUAACAACGUGGCAUACUUUAAAAAUUUUUUCUUAGAAUGUGACAUGGAAAUUUUUCUUAGAACAGUACAUGGAACAUGUGUUAGCCAGGUAUCUAACUAGUCUAAUAACUAAACAUAAAAGUGGCCUCAAAACAUUUCAAAUUUCAAUGUUGAUAAUUCUGUGAUUUGGGAGGUUUUGGGCACUCUGUUGUUAGUUUAGCUACUGCUAGCAUGCAGCUUCUGUGAUACAUCUCAAGUCUAGCUCCAUCAUAAUCACUGGGUUCCACACAUAGGGCAGGGUGAUCCAUAUUGUUUCCACUCAAAUCUCAUAGUGCUUCCACAUGCAAAAUCCUGCUAUAUAAAAAAGGAAAGACUAGGGAUGGGAGGAGGGAUUAGCUGGUGGCAUCCUAGUGAAGGUUUCAGCACCUGGCUCUAGAAGGCAUAGUGAGCAGGUACGUUACUAGCAUUUUCUGGAUCUAGUUUCUCUAGUAUGAAUAUUCCCAUUGUGACCAAUUUCAAGCUGUAACCCACAGUUCGAGAUAUUAGGAGGAGACAUACUAUUUUGGCACUGGAAAGCUGAUAGCAGGUUGCAGCACACCUCUGAAUUCAUAUUACCAACUCUGCCACAGGAUAGAAUAUAAUUAAGAGGAAAAAAUGUUCACCAUCUAAAACAGGGUUUUGUGCAUCUCAGUGGUAAAGUGUUUGCCUAACAUGCACAAGGCCUUGAUUUCCAUUCCCACCUCCACACACACACACAAAAAUAUGUUUACUGGCUAGGGAUAUACCUCAGUGAUCAUAGAGCAUGUUUGAGGCCCUGGUUGGAUCCCUAGCAACACACAUAUAUCAAAAAAAAAGUAUGCACUUCUAUCUUGAAAAGCCUUUUAUUAUGUGUUUCUGCAUGCAUUUCCAGAUAUGUGCAUACAUGAAACAUACUAUGCCUUUUCUUCAGUAACUGAAUUUUUUAAAAGAACUAAUUUAAGAUAAUCAUGUUAAAAACCCUUUAAAUCUGUUUUUAAAUAUCUUUAAAGAUAUUAGAAAACUUGCCAUCUUGUACUCUAAAAUAAUGUAGAUAUACUUAUUUUUGCUGCUGUGGGCAGAGAAAGUUUCUGGAGGGAUAAACAAAAAAUAACAGAUUUAAUAUGAGUUGUGGGGCUGGUAGUUAAAAAGUGGUAUUUAGGAAAGAUCACUUUUACUUUUUAUUACUCCUAUAUUGUGGAUUUUUUUGUCAGUGUGUACUACUUAGUAAUUUUUUUCAAGCUACUUAAAUUUUUAAGAUUUUCUCAAGUUUUGAUUAAAAAUGUAGUAAGUGGAGCUGGAUGUGGUGGAACACAUCUGUAAUCCUAUACUCUGCUGCAGGAUAGAAUAUAAUUGUUAAGAGGGAAAAAAUGUUCUCCGUCUAAAACAGGGCUUUGUGCAUCUCAGUGGACAAAUUGCAAGUUAAAGCCCAGCAUGGGAAAAUUUAGUGAGAUCCUGUCUCAAAAUAAAAAAGAAAAAUUAAAAUGCCAGGGAUGUAACUUAGUGUGAAGACUUCUGGUUCAAUCCCCAGUAUGUACGAUCAUCACCAUCAAAAUGUAGUGGGAAUUUCUUCCUACUUUUAUUGUUGGAAUUAGCACUUAAGGUCUAAAAUUAGUACCAAAGAAAGUUGUAUGUCCCUACCAGUGAUUGGGUCUACACAUACCACCUAAGCACUGUUUAAUUGGCAUAGAAUGAACUGCCCUAGUUCUAUUUUCAGAUCUCACCUAGCCCAUCACCCCCUGCCCUGGUAUGAUCAUCAGCCAUACAGAGAAAAUUUAGGAGUGUAUCAUUUCUACUUCUAAAAUGUCCUCCCACUUCCACAUUUAAAAGACCAGGGUAUGGUGGCACAUGCCCGAAAUCCCAGCACUCAGGAGGCCAAGGCAGAAAGAUCACCUUGAGUUUGAGGCCAGCCUGAACUGAGUAAUGAGACCCCAUCUCAAAAAACUUAAAAAUAGCCAAGUGUGGUGGUGCAGGCCUGUAAUCCCCUUGAAGGCUGAGACAGCAGGAUCCUUGCAAGUUGGAGGUACAUAGUGCCUGGGGUACAUAGUGAGUUCAAGGCCAAGUCUAUGCUACAUAGUGAGACUCUGUCUGGGAAAAAAAAAAAGAGAAAAAAACCUGAAAAAAAGUACAGGAAUUCAUUUUUUAGUCUUUAAGGAAUAUAAAGAGUUAUAUAUGUAAUUGUUUGUUUUUUAAGCAAUGAAAUACAUACUAAUUUUGAAAAAGAAAAUCCAUUAGUCAUUUAUGUGACAUUUGGUGAAGAAAAAAGAUGAGUGAUACUUCAUGGUCAUACUGUAAAUGAAAGUACUUAAAUUUUGAAUGAAAGUAUAAACAAUUUUUAGAGGCUGAAGAUAUAGUUUAGAAGUAUAGCACUUGCCCAGCAUGUGUGAGGCCCAAAGAUCCAUUCCUAUCACAGCAAAAAAAAAAAAAAAAAAAAGCAUUUUGUUUUGUUUUGUUUUUUUGUCUUUAAAGAGACAGGCUUUUUGCAAUGCAAUGCAGGCUGCCUUGAACUCACAUUGUAGCCCAGUCUGGCCACCACACCCAGCAAUAAAAUAAAGGAUAUUUAUACACUCUCCCUCCAUCCACUUGACUUUUUCAUGUAACUGUGUAACUUAAAGAUGGUUCUAUGUCAGUACACAUAGGUUGGGCUCAUUACUUUCUAUCUACAUACUAUUCGGCGGGUAGGAGGCAUAUCUUUCUUUUUCGUUUUCUUUUUUUUUUUUUUUUUUUUUUUUGGUGCAGGAAUCGAACUCAUGACCUCAUAUUUGCCAGGCAGGUGCUGUGCCCUAAGCUAUAUUGUCAGCCCUAAAAUAAUUUUUAAAAGGGAGAUUACACUACCUGGUAUGUAGUCCCAAGUGGAGUGUAUAUUCUCAGGUUGGAAGUCUCCCUCAAUGAGAGAGUUCUUGCCUAGCGUGCAUGAGGCUUGGAUUUGAUCCCCAAACAAAAAUUUUUCUUUGUUUCUUGAAACAGGGACUCAAAGGCUGGCCUUCAGCAUACUAUGAAGUAAAGGCUGGCCACAGGCUCACAGUGAUCUUCCUGCCUCAGCCUCCUGUAUGCUGAAGUUAUAGGGGUAUGGCACUAUGCCCAGCUCAAAAAUACUUUUUAGAAGAGGAACUCAAUAGUACGUGCUAUCCAAUCACAAGUAAAGUGUAAAUUCUUCAUUUAGGGAUGUAAUUCAGUGGUAGAGCAGUAGCCUUACAUGUGUGCAGAUGUGAGGCUCUGGGUUCUAGCCCCAGCGCGCUUGCACAUGCACACACACACACACACACACACACACCACAAACCCACAAGCUAUCCUUUAUUGCCAAAAA